UCCAGCUCAGCCUCCCCAUCCCUCCAUCUCCAUCCUGUCACGGUGCUGUGCGUUAUGACGCGGGGCUGCAUUACGUGAGACUGUCGACUCAGCACCGGAUCUUGCUUAUGUAACGCUGCUGCAGGAAGAGAGGAGCGGAGGACUGACGGAUGGCUAAUUUACUGACAAAUAACGGCGAGUUGGCUGAUGUCUGAGCGGCUGCCGGCGGAGAGAACAAUGCUGAGUGUAGGUCGCCGGGCCGCAGUGUGAGAGCCUGGUCUGGGCACCAGGGGCCUGUCCCUCCGCACAGUCUGCAGCCUGCGGAACAUUCUGCUUUUUAUGCAGAUGUGAGGUUGGAUUGGUCUCCUUUCUGCAGGAAUAAACCAAUGCGGGUUUGUUUUAGAGGAGACACGCCUUCACAUUCUGAUCCUCACCAUCCUUUCUGCACUGAUCCAGCGGACAGCGCUUUGAUAAACAUGGCGGGUCCGGAGCAGUGCCAGCAGCAGGUGGAGGAGCAGGCGGAGCGCAUAGAUGAUGCUGAGAUGGCUCUGCAGGGCAUCAACAUGCUGCUCAACAACGGCUUCAAGGAGAGCGACGAGCUCUUCAGGAGAUACAGGACCCACAGCCCACUGAUGAGCUUUGGGGCCAGUUUCGUCAGUUUCCUGAACGCCAUGAUGACAUUUGAGGAGGAGAAGAUGCAGACGGCCUGCGACGACCUGAGGACCACGGAGAAGCUGUGUGAGAGCGACAGCGCCGGGGUCAUCGAGACAAUCAGGAACAAGAUUAAAAAGAGUAUGGACUCACAGAGGUCGGGCGUGGUGGUGGUGGACCGCCUGCAGAGACAGAUCAUCGUUGCUGACUGUCAGGUGUACCUCGCCGUGCUCUCCUUCGUCAAGCAGGAACUCUCAGCUUAUAUCAAAGGGGGCUGGAUUCUCCGUAAGGCGUGGAAGAUGUACAACAAGUGCCACAGUGACAUCAGCCAGUUGCAGGCGGGCAGUGAGCGGAGGUCCUCCCUUCACCAGGAGCCCCUCACCACGGACAACGCCAACCACAACGCCCCAGUGGAGAGCUGCGUGACGGCCGAGGCCCUGGACCGGCUCAAGGGCUCCGUCAGCUUCGGCUACGGCCUCUUCCACCUGUGUAUCUCCAUGGUUCCGCCUCACCUGCUCAAGAUCAUCAACCUGCUGGGAUUCCCCGGCGACCGUCACCAGGGCCUGUCCUCCCUCAUGUAUGCAAGCGAGAGCAAGGACAUGAAGGCACCACUCGCUACGUUGGCCCUCUUGUGGUACCACACAGUAGUGCUGCCCUUCUUUGCUCUGGAUGGCUCCGACACACAUGAGGGGCUGCUGGAAGCCAAAGCAAUUCUGCAGAGGAAGUCUGUGGUUUACCCCAACUCAUCUCUCUUCAUGUUCUUUAAAGGACGAGUUCACAGGCUAGAAUGCCAUAUCAACAGUGCUUUGGCCUGUUUCCAUGAUGCAUUAGAGCUUGCAUCAGACCAAAGAGAGAUCCAGCAUGUGUGUCUCUAUGAGAUUGGUUGGUGUAGCAUGAUAGAGAUGAAUUUUGAAGAUGCAUACAGAGCGUUUGAGAGGCUGAAGAAUGAGUCGCGUUGGUCCCAAUGCUACUAUGCCUACUUGACCGGAGUUUGUCAGGGUGCUUCAGGUGACCUGGAUGGAGCCAGCGGUGUUUUCAAAGAUGUGCAGAAGCUGUUCAAGAGAAAAAACAACCAGAUAGAGCAGUUUGCAGUCAAAAGAGCUGAGAGAUUGAGAAAGAUCUCUCCCACCAGAGAGCUAUGCAUCCUCGGUGUAAUUGAAGUGCUGUAUCUGUGGAAAGCACUUCAAAACUGCUCCUCAUCUAAACUGCAGAUAAUGAAUCAAGUGUUGCAGAGUUUAGAUGAGGCUUCCUGCAGGGGCCUGAAACACCUUCUUCUUGGUGCUGUUCACAAAUGUCAUGGAAAUAUGAGGGAUGCUGUUCAGUCGUUCCAGCUGGCUGCAAGAGAUGAGUAUGGACGACAGAUCAACUCUUAUGUUCAGCCAUAUGCCGUCUAUGAGCUUGGAUGCAUACUCCUUGCCAAACAGGAGACUGUUGGAAAGGGGAGGUCAUUUCUACUUCAAGCUAAGGAGGACUUUACGGACUAUGACUUUGAGAACAGGCUUCAUGUCCGCAUCCAUUCAGCCCUGGCUACUCUGAAGGAAGUUGUGCCUCAAUGACUCCAGCAUGGAUAGCUGCAAUGGCUAAAGCUUUGCUCAUAGCUUUUUACACCAAGUUUUAAGCCAAUCAAAAUGACUGUAUCACAACCCGGUGAACAGACUCUUUUUCAUUCUUAAAGUAUUUGGGGAAAUACAUUUCUUUGUAAUCUUACCCAGUCAGAUUGAUAUGAAGUGUGAUCUCUGUGCAUUUUGUACAGAAAUAGCUAGGUGUGUUCAUGCUAGCUUAGAAAUAAAGAGGAAAAGGCUAGACAAGCUAUGGCUAGCAAGUUAAAAACUAAACCUAAAACUUAAACUAGACAAUUAUACCGGUACAGAAUAUAUUUUAAGCCAGCAAGGUAGUCACCAAUACAUUUUGUGGAUGGAUUGCCUUCCGCUACAUAGACAAGAUGGCUCCCAUCAAGGAUGAGAAGUGUCUAGUGCUCCGCACUUAACGUUAGGAGCUCAAGAACAGACACAAAACUCAAAUUUAGACACAGGCCUCAUUUUUGUAUUUUUGUCUUAUAGUGUGUUCAAACACAGAAUGCUCUGUAUAAAAAGACGUCUUAAGGGUUUUUCAAAGCGGAUUUUUCCUCAGUCUGGCCAAGCUAAUUAGCUACCGGUUUCCCCUUGCUUUAAGACCUAGUGCUAAACCAGGCUGUUUCUGCACAGGACACACAUAGAUUGCAUUGAUAUAGACACUGUGCCCAGCAACAAACAAGCACAUUAACCCACCAUUUUAACUGUUUCUUUAAUUGUUUCCAACCUAAUGUAUUAGCUACAGCUAGUAAAAUGUUUUCUCAUUAGCUUGUGUAUGAAGAGGAAUUCACUAUUGCCUCCCCCUCCCUUCAGUGAGAAAUUCAGAACAUAAAAGUACAUUUUUUAUGAGAUAAUAUUUCCCUAAAUAUCAACUUCACAAUGACUGGUGAAUGGGACUAACUUAAUCACAUAUCAUGAAAAGGAUAAGGGAAAUAAGAGUCAAAUUGAAUAUUUGAUUUUAAAUAUGAAUUUAAAGGACUCCAUGGGUUGAUCAUUUUUUUUUCGUCAACAAUUUUCACUGCUUUUCCAAAUUAAAUUAUCAGACAGCUGGUCAUAUUGCAAAAAUAAUGUUGGGUCAUUUCACAAAGGGGCCACACAUGGCGCGUUUCCACUGCAGCGGGUAGCUCGCUUUAAGCGUGCCGAGCCGUGCGGGGCCUGUUUUCGGUUGCAUUUCCACUUGGCCUAGUUUUGGCCCGGGGCUACUUUUUCACCUUUUUUCUGGCCCGACUAAAUCGUGGUUCUAGGGCCAGGAACAACCAGGCUGAGUCGGGCUGAGUAUGCUAAACUAGAGAGAGAAUCGCUGGCAAGGGGGCUA